ACACAGCAGCAAGACUAGAUACAUGGUCUUUGUUGUGUAGAGAAGAGACGUUCUACAAACGUUGUUGAUGGCAAUGACUUGGCACUUGAUCCAAACGAUCGUGUUACUGCUGUAUUGCAGCGCUCCACUUGCUGAGACAACAAAAUCUUCUGUAUGCUAUCCACACGGGACUUAUGACUUCGUACAAGGUUUGCUUGUACCCAACCUCUCUGCGGGAGUAACCAGAGCGGCCGACUGGAACGACGGUCUGGCAUACGAAAUCACCGAAACGGCUAAAAUAGCUCGUCCGUUCGAUGCAGUACUCCAACAAGGACACGACCCUCGAAUCCAAUAUCACCAGCCGUCAACAUGGCCCGGAAAUUUUUCUGUCGUCAUGCGAGUGCGCCUGUACACAGACAGAGCAAGCAUCCUUAGCAUUUACAGCAGCGACAUCCGACCACUGUUUGAAAUCACCGCCUACGAUAAGAGUGUGGCUUUGCGAUUCAAAGGUGGAAAAGCGGUGAAAAUCGCAAAAUGGAAUGCAACCGAUAAUAACUAUCAUAAAAUAAUUUUGACGAUUUUGGGCAAAACGGUGACCGCCACGGUGUCUGAACCAAACAGUGACCAGUGCGGACCGACACGUGUAACUUCAUUAGAACACGAUAACAGCGAUAGACGAAUCUCUCUUGACCAUUCUUUAGUGUUGAUCGGACGAGUAAAGAAGGGGCUAAUUGUGGCUCCUUCUGUAACAAUACAACAAAUCUUAUUUCGAGCCAACGUGAGCGAGGUACACACUUGCCCAUACGAGAUUCCAUGCCCCACUACAGCAGAACCAACGGUUUCCACAACUGCAGCACACAAGACCUCAACAACAGCAAUCAUUAAUACUUCCAUUGAUACAACAACUGCAAUCAAUACAACACUUGCAGGUGUAUCUGAAGUACCAUUUGAUACAACUGCUGCAAUCGAUCAUACAACUGCCGCAAUCGAUCAUACAACCGCCGCAAUCGAUCAUACAACUGCCGCAACCGAUCGCACAAAACUUCCAACUGCAUCUGAAGUAUCAACUGAAAAGAGUGGGAUUGACGCAACAGUCAACAAUAAAGAUGCCGAGACGAAACCAGACCAGAAAUCACAAGAAAAGAAACCGGACGAGCACGUGUAAUACACAUUUACGUGCUUAGAAUUAUUGAAACAUUGACAAGAGAAGAAUCCGUCCAGUUGUCCCGACAUUUAUGUUGGUGAUUAAAAGUAAAAAUGAAAGAGUCCUUCAAUUCACGUUUAUUGACAUCAAAUACAAAAUUAGUAUUUAUAUAAUUAAUCAAUUAAUUAAUUAAUAAGUUCACAGUUACAGUAUUAUAGCUUAAUUAGUAACCAAAUCUGCAAUCUAUUGUAUGAGUAGGCUACAAUCAUAAUGAUCCACACACAAACUAUAAAUAUUACAUGAUGCCACUUAGA